AAAACCUUUGAUGAGGAGGAAGGAGGCAGAUGAGGACACUACUAGCUUUACAAAUGGAAAAGUUAGCAGAAAAGGUAUUACUAAAAAGUGCAGCAUCUGUGGAACUUCGGGGCACAACAAAAGAUACCAUGGGGUGCAGGGAAACAAUCAGCAUGCAACUGGGAGAGCAGAUGCAACAUCAAAUGCUAGUGUUGAUAUUGGCAAUCAUCAGGACCCCACUGGUAUAAUCGAUCCUCAAGUGUUAGAAGAGCACUUCUUAGAGCUUGAUAUGAUGAGGGGAAAUAGUGAGGGCAGAGAUCCACUUGCUCCUGAAAAUGUUACUGAUGAACCAGUUUCACAGGUGGUUCAAAUACAUGUGGAGUCCCUUCCCAUACCAUCAAAUAUACUACCUUAUCCUAUUACUAUUGAAAAUACUUCAAUUGUAGCAAUUUCACAGAAUCUCCCCACACCAUCAACUACGGUUGGUACAAGCUUGAAGAGGCAAAAAAUCAUUGCAAGAAGGGGAAACAGGCUAAACCUAUCAAAAAGCCAAGCAAGAAAGCAACUCCCUAUUAGACCCCCUGUGUUUAGACAACAAGAACUGGAGAAAGAUGCUGAAGAUAGGAGCAAGCUAGGUGGUAAUGAAAAAAAAAAAAGAAAGGCCUGGCUCCCACCAGGUCUUGGAGGUUGUAGUGGAUCUGCAUGUGCACAUGGAAGACUUCCUUAAAGGCUGUGCUUCCUCAUAUUUUUGUCAAUGUCUUUUAAAUGUUGUAGGACAGUAGUGGGGACCUUGUCCACUAAUAGAAUUUAGAUGGUCCUUGAUGUAUUUUUUUUUUUUUUGGGUAAUUUUGGUUGUAUGCAAAUGAAAUGACCAUGUCAAAAACUGUGAUAUCACUGUCAUGUGGUAAUUUUAAAUGUGCCAAUGCUGUGACCAGGAAACUUGUUGUGGU